CGGGCCUCUUGCACUCCUCGAACUCCGCCCAUGCCGUCUCAGGCCACGACGUCGAAUGGAACCGAAGACGAGGGCCGCUCGCGUCCCGCGACAACCAGCAAACGCACGAAUCGUAUUUUGGGUGAUUACACCCUCAGCAAGACUUUGGGUGCGGGGUCUAUGGGAAAAGUCAAGCUAGCCACCCACAACAUCACUGGAGAGACGCUUGCGGUCAAAAUCCUUCCGAGGACAUCAGGCGCAGGACCGAAAGACGCCAGCAAGGAGAUCCGCACGACGCGCGAGGCGGCCUUGUCUAUGCUACUCCACCACCCAUAUAUCUGCGGCAUGCGCGAAAUGAUCAUCCACCAACACCACUACUACAUGGUGUUCGAGUACGUGAACGGGGGCCAGAUGCUGGACUAUAUCAUUGCACAUGGGCGACUGCGCGAACGCAACGCCCGGAAAUUCGCGCGUCAAAUUGGCUCCGCCUUGGACUACUGCCACCGCAAUAAUGUCGUUCACCGGGAUCUCAAGAUUGAGAACAUCCUAAUCUCUCAGUCGGGCAAUAUCAAGAUCAUCGACUUCGGGCUGUCGAACCUCUACGACCCUGUGGGACACCUGGGAACAUUUUGCGGCAGUUUGUACUUUGCGGCACCCGAGCUUCUCAAUGCGAAGGUUUAUACCGGGCCGGAAGUGGAUGUGUGGUCGUUCGGAGUGGUACUGUAUGUGCUGGUUUGCGGGAAAGUGCCCUUCGACGAUCAAAGCAUGCCUGCCCUGCACGCGAAGAUCAAAAGAGGGCUAGUGGAAUAUCCCAUAUGGCUCAGUGCAGAGUGCAAGCACCUUCUCUCGCGCAUGCUUGUGACCAACCCUCUAUUGCGGGCCCCUCUAUCCGAGGUUCUGUCUCAUCCAUGGAUGCUCCGCGGCUUUGGUAGCCCUCCCGCCCUCCAUCUUCUUCGGCGAGAACCGCUCAAGUCUUCGGACAUCGAUCCUCUGGUCGUUGCAGGGAUGAAGGGCUUCGAGUUCGGUGACGACGAAGAAGUGAUGACAAAACUGAUCGAAAUACUGGACAGUGAAGCGUAUCAGCGUUCUGUUCGUUCUUGGGAAAAGCGGCGCGGUGGAGCCUUAGGCUCGAGCACCGUCUUGUCAGACCCUCCUGGGGCUUGGGAAACUCCAUCCCACGCACCAGCGUCAGCAUCAUCGCUGUCAGUGUCGUCAGCAGGUGGAACGCCGGCUUCUCCUGCGAAACGGCGCCGUUUCAGCGGAUUCGAGUUCUAUCGGCGCAAACUGUUUGCGUCACCUUCUCCGUCUCCGAGCAUCCCAGCGACGACUUCUGUACACAAUGCGAGUGGCAGUGCGCUCAGUCUUGGUGCACUGCAGCCAGAGGAUCGAGACCCGACGUUUGGGUUCCACCCGCUGGUCAGCAUGUACUAUCUGUCCCGGGAGAAGAUGGAGCGCGAGCGUGUAUAUGGCACCGGCGUCUUUGCGAGCAGCCAGGUCAGUGUCGAUGGUGCAAAGGAGAAGGAGCGUGAAGAAAAGGAAAAUGGCAAAGGUGUACCGAAGGAAGAAGCCGCGAAAACGGUUCCCGAGAAGGAUCGAACAGGCAAGCCGGACUACAACAUGCCGCUUCCUCGGUUGCCUGUGCCAGAAACGAGCCACUAUUCCGACAUGUCAUAUGCGACCGGCACAGCUCCUCCCCACGCCAACGGAGGGGGUUCCGUGCCCGCUUCACCUUCACCGACAGCUGUGUCAUUCCACCCCCAACCGCGACCACGGGCCAUUGACGGCGGACUCCUUCCUCCCUCCCCGACCACGCCCGGGCCAGAACGCACGACGAGAAGUGCCAUAGUCUCACCUGUCACGAUCCGUGCGCCGCCAGCUAGUACACAUCGGCGAAGCCACAGUCUCAGCCAAAGCCAGCGGACGGGGGGCACCAUCCGGGGAUGGAGUUCGGCGUUUACCGGCGAGAGGGAAACAGUUUUGGAGGAGGUCCCAAAGUCGGCCGGGCCAACGUUGAGUGGGUUUGCGGAACGAGAGAAAGAGAAAGAGAAAGAACGGGACCAAGCGUCUGUGAGAGACCAUAGUGAUCACGGGUCCAUCUCGUUGUCUGGUGGCGCGACCCUAGUUCGCAAGUUUGGCAGCAUGUUGGUUGGCGGAGGUCGCCAUGGACAUGACGAUGGGACGGCUUCUGGGCGGAGGACGCCGUCGAAGCGGGCCACCAUCUUGGGCGGGUUCGGCCAGCACUCGCCUCGACCUUCGCACGACGAGCUGCGUGGGGAGAAGGAAAGCGCGAGAGAUUCGAUGAAUCCUCCGACGGUGUCUAUUGCAUCGCCUGCAAAGGCUGUUUCGCACAGCCAAAGCCAGCCGCUCGGAUCCGUGCACCGACGGGCCGCCACUGUGCUUGAUUCGGCCGGGCGGUCCCGACAUGAAAGACGGAGCAGCACGGGGGCGGCUAUGUUUGUUUCGGGAACAAUUGGGCGACAUCGAAGGCCAUCGACUGGACCGACUCUACAGCCGAAGGCGGAGCGUGUCUUUGCGGUCGAGGAGGAGCCUCAAGUACAGGCCGGAGCUUUGACGGAUGUCGAGGACAUCCUUCCUCAUGAGGAUGUCAGAUCGGAUGGCGAAAAGGAGUUCAAGCCCGUAUUCUUGAAAGGGCUGUUCAGUGUGGCGACGACAUCUUCGAAGUCGCCUGCUGCGAUUAAAACCGACAUCCGGCGCGUGCUGGACCGGAUGCAAGUGCAAUACCGAGAAACCCAGACCGGCUUCGAGUGUAUCCACCUUCCUUCGAUCGACAUUUCAUCCAUAGAUGGCCAACCUCCUCAAGCCAUUCCUGAAAGCAGCACACCCCGUCCCGUGGUCAAGAAGGCGUCGAAGCUGUCGUUCGGCAAACGGCGAGAUCGAUCGAUGGACAAGGAGCGCGAGGGACGACCGUCAGCGACAUUACAGACCAGUGCCAGUAGCGGCUCCUCCACCUUCUUUCUCGCCAACUCGGUCGCGUCUCCGCAGCCCAAGCCCGGCUCGCUAUCGCUCGAUGUUGAUGUGACACCGCCGUCACGGACGGCAUCCCCUGCGUCCAAGGGGCUUCCCCCAAUACCGCGAGACUUCGCUGGAUCGCCGGCACCGCUGUCGCCGGCACCGCUGCCGACGGGGGAAGUCGACCGGCAGGUAUUUGAGAGCAUGGGCAACAAUGUGCUGAGUGUCCGGUUCGAGAUCAACCUCGUCAAAGUUCCCUGGCUUUCGCUGUAUGGUAUCCAAUUCCGCAGAGCGGGAGGAGAUGGCUGGCAAUACCAGAUGCUUGCUCGGCGGGUUUUGACUGAGCUCAAGUUAUGAUACAUGUUUUCGUAGUUGCAUAAGUAGCUCGUCCCACCAUCUUACCUUAGCGUACGACUCUCCGUAGUUCAUUCCUUUCCUUUGCCUGGACGGUGGUCGGCUUGUACUGAUAUUAUAAUUGCUGCUGCCCAUGUCGUCUUCUGUGAUGUAACAAAAUGGAAAUGGAAAUGUACAUACUUAGUCUAGGCGCCCGAAGAGUCAU